GACGGUUUCUGCCUUUGUUCCCCCCGCCUCGGCCGCCCCCGGCCCGCCAGUCGGCGCUGCCUGGCGCCGGUCGGCCGCCUCUCAUGGCCUCCUCUCUCGGCUGUGUCGCUUCUAGGAUGGCGGAGGUACCGCCUGGGCCUAGCAGCCUCCUCCCACCACCAGCGCCUGCGGCCCCAGCGGCGGCCGAGCCCCGCUGCCCGUUCCCGGCGGGGGCUGCACUCGCUUGCUGCAGCGAGGACGAGGAGGACGACGAGGAGCACGAAGGCGGCUGCGGGAGCCCAGCGGGCGGCGAGGCGGCGACCACGGCCAAGGCGCGCUCUUGCCUUCGCUGCCCGCAGCUGCCCCAGGAGCAGCAGCAGCAGCUCAACGGAUUGAUCGGCCCAGAACUGCGACACCUCCGGGCCGCGGCGACCCUCAAGAGUAAGGUUCUGAGUGCAGCGGAGGCGGCCGCCCCCGACGGGGCCCCCAAAGUGACUGCCACAAAAGGAGCCGGGGGACACCCGGGGGAGAGACCUCCCCACUCGGUCCCCAACAAUGCAAGAACUGCGCUCCCCGACCGGCCAGAGGCGGCGGUGGCGGCGGUGGCAGCCAGCGACCCCGCGGCGGCUCCCAACGGACUGGUGGAGGGCAACGAGCCGGAUGAGGAGGACGACGAGCAGGUGCGGCUGCUGUCUUCGUCUCUGACCGUCGGCUGCAGUCUUAGGAGCUCCCUGGGCCGGGAGGCCGAGCCCGGGGAGGAUCGGACGAUACGAUACGUCCGCUAUGAAUCCGAGCUCCAAAUGCCUGAUAUCAUGAGACUGAUCACCAAAGAUCUGUCUGAACCCUACUCCAUUUAUACGUAUAGAUAUUUUAUCCACAACUGGCCACAGCUGUGUUUCUUGGCCAUGGUAGGGGAGGAGUGUGUAGGUGCCAUCGUUUGCAAGUUGGAUAUGCACAAAAAGAUGUUCCGCAGAGGUUAUAUAGCCAUGUUAGCUGUGGAUUCCAAAUACAGGAGAAAUGGCAUCGGUACUAACUUGGUAAAGAAAGCUAUAUAUGCCAUGGUUGAAGGCGACUGUGAUGAGCUUGCUGAUUUGUCUAGACUGGCCAGUGACCUUUAUAGAUCUGCUUGUCUGCCCUCAAUCUCACGGAGACCUGACUUCCUCAUGUUUGUGCAGCAGGUUGUUUUGGAAACAGAAAUAACAAAUAAGUCUGCUUUGAAACUUUAUGAAAACCUUGGUUUUGUUCGAGAUAAGAGGCUGUUCAGAUACUAUUUAAAUGGAGUUGACGCACUGCGACUUAAACUGUGGCUGCGCUGAGAGACUGACAGCAAGGAAUGGCUCCACCCACAUGGAAGCGACUUUUGCAUGCAAUGCAAUUUGUGCAGAAUUGCUUUGCAGGUGGAUUUAGUAAUUCCCAUGCAGCUGUUAUCUGUCAGUGUCCAUUGAGUGUCGCACAAUAUUUGUUGCACUUUGGCAUGGCGCAUUUAUUCUGAAUUAAAUGAGAUUGUUUUUAAACUUCAAGGGUUCCUUUGGUACCAACAGGAUGUGCCAGUUAAUAGCCAAGACUUGUUCAUUUGCAAAGUCUUCUGACAGUGCUAUUUACACAGUGAUCAUUUUAUCACAGAACCAGUAAGUGGGACAUGAUUUUUUGUUCCUUAAAGAAGCCAAUGUAGUAAAAGUCUCUUAAGUGUACUAACAUUUCAUACACAACCUGCCAUAGUUUUCUGAAGGGAAAAGCUUCAACUUAGUUUUUUUUUUUUUUCAAUAUUAAAUUUUCCAUUCUUGAAUAUUGGUACCUCAGUGAUUAGUGGAUGACAAGUGUAGGGUGGGAUUUGUCUUACAAUGAGUAAAGAUGACAAAUUGCGUCUGCCAGUGCCUGUGUAGAUAAGUUUUCUUGUCUUCAUCUCUAGUUUUUGAAUGCAUGCUGUCUUUUUCUUUAAUGCCUUUGCAAGCAAACUUGUUUUUAUUUAAAUUCUAAAUUUGCUAAUAAAUUAUUUCAGAUUUUUAUAAUUUGGACAGUUUUUCCAGGUGAGUGACAGUGGUUUGAUUUAGGAGUCCCUUUUUCCCUUAUAGUAAGAAAUUGAAUCUACUUGGGAAACAGAAAUGGCUUAAAGGGAUGGAGCUGGGGAUUGCUGGGUUUUGGAUGCACUUUUUUUUUUUUUUUUUGUUUUUUUGUUUUUUUUAUUUUUUUUUUUUUUUGAGAAUGGGGAGAUUUUGGAAAGGAAUAGAAAAUUAAUGUAAAUUGGUAUGAUUUUAUUUAAUCAAAAUGAUUGCUAAGCUGUGAAGAACAGCUUCUAUAAAGUAGCUGGGGUUUUUUUUGUUUUUUGUUUUUUUUUAAACUUGAUUUGAAUUUGCAUUGCUUCCAUUUUUGAGAAUACUUCAUUUUUGGUUCUUCGUCUUAGAAAUAAAUUUCAAAGAGCAUUGUAUCUGUUUUACGCUGCAUUUAUUUUCUUUUCACUCAUGAGCAGAUUCUUGGGGGACCUUUGCUUUGUUCCUCCAGAAAAAGGGGAGGGAUGGAAUUUUUUUUAAUGAGUUCUUUGAGUUUUCUGAGCAGCCAAGGUGUUUAUUAGUUACAGUGUAUUUUGGCUAAUCAGUGUAAUGUUAACAAAUUUAGGUAAUUGUUUUGAGUCAGUAAAUCUGUGAUGGAUAAUUUAUUUAACUAGAAAACCUAAGCACUCAUAAGGAAAAAGAUUCAUUCUCUGAAAUGUUUUAUGGGGAUCUGACAUUCAUGUUGUUAUUUUCAUUUGACUAUACUUUCCUUCUGCUCUACUACUUGGUUUGAAUUUUAUUUUAUGGCUGUAAUUACUGUAUUUUUUUUUUUUUUUUUUUUAAACCCUACCUCCAUUAACAGUUGGUAAAGGCCCCCUUUUCAGGAAAGUUUGUUGCUUUUUUUUUUCCUCAUUUUUUUCUUUUUAAAGGAAAGCUGCUCUUUGCUCAGUAUAAUAUUUUGAAAGUGAACAUGGUAACAAGUACUUUUAAAAUAAAGAUGCACACUUUAUAUUUGAAAAUAAAAACUUCCUGCUGGUGGGAUCAUUUAUAGUUCCUUAUUUUUAAGAAAAUGUGUCUUUCCAUUUUAUAUUGCUCUUUAAAGUUUAAUGCAGAAUACUGGUAAUAUUAAAAAUGUGAUGACCACAUAGUACUCAGCUUUUCUGCUGACCAUUUUGAGUCUGUUUUGGUCAACUGUCAUUUGGGCUCCAGCAUUUAGAAGAAUACCAGUCAUCAUGAUGCUUCUGUUUUCAUUUUUGAUGUGAAGGAAAGUAGCUAAACAGUAUACUUGACAUCAUCCAAUUUUGUUUUGAUUUGCUGGUACAUAAGUAGUGAAUUGUUGAUGAACAGACAUUUUCUUGACUCACUCUAAUGGGUAUCAUUGUAAAGUAGAUACAUGCUAGAGUUACCAAUUCAAAAGUUUUGUUCUUGCUAGAUUGUCAAUGAAACUGUCAGGAUUCUCCUUAACUUCAGAAUUGCUGAAUUACCUGAACUGAUUGUCUGAUUUGUAAACAUGAUCUGAACCAUGUGACUAAAAUACCAGAUCAUUACAAUACUGCUCAAUGGAUAGAUACAUGAUGAAUAUCAGUGCAUACCUUGAUGUUUUAAUUAUUUGACCAAUUUCUUACCUAAAAUUCUAACUUCUAGCUUGAUAACCUAGUUACAAAAUUAAAACUUUCCAAGUUGAAAUAGGUUCAAACAUUAACUUAAUAUUAGGCUUUCAUUUUUCUUCUAUCAGCUUAAAGUAAUUCCAUUUAUAAUUGACCAUGGGUUCACUUGGCUAAAACUGAGCAAAACUGGUGCAACUUUCUUUUAGUGGGGUGCUGCCUCUUUAAGACUGAUUGUACUAUCCACUGACAUUGGUUUGGCAGUUGAUACUGCUGAACAUUUAAUACAUGCUACAGUUAAGCUAUAUAUGUUAGUAUUGAAGAAAGCUAAUGGAUAUACUACCAGUCUAGAUGUGUGGGCUGAUUAUAAUUCCCCUUACAUUGGGAUGAAAAUACUUAACUCUGGAAUAAUCAAAGUCCACAAAUCAUAACAUUAGUACUUGAUGUUGAAGCCAGCAAAAUAAGGUGAAAAAUUAGUAUUAAAAGUUGAUUUUUUUAACAUUUUCUGUCUCCUCCAAAUUACUCUUCACAAACAUGAGACAAAUCUGUGUAAAGGAGUUUGUCAUGUUUUAACUCCUUCCAUGCUCUGUUGUGGUAUUGGCUGGCAUGUAUAAGACUGGAUGUGUAUAUUUAUUAUGGUGUCUAAAAAUUAUGAGGUUCAUCACUUUCCAGGAGCAUAGAGGAAAUCAGAUUGGUAGUACACCAGUUACUUUUCAGUACACCUCAACAUCACUAGGAUGAGUGCUAUAGUGUCCUAGGGCUUUCAGGUUUGUAAAAACAAAACCAUAAGUUAUAUUGACGUCACAUAUGAGUUGAGUAUCUAUGAAAUAUCACGUGUAUCUCAAAAAUACUGGACUGCUGUUUAAUGACUUCGGUAUUGCUGCAUAGUUUUCUCCUAUUGACCCCCUAUCCUUUUGGAGAGAGAUUUAAUGGGAUUUGAAAUGUGCAAGCUGUGUGAAUAACAUGCAGUCAAAUAAAGUAUGGUUAAGUUGUGUUUGCAUUUUUCUUUAA